ACGCCUGACGUCAGUCGAUGGCACCGCCCCUUCGGCAAUGUCUUCGAGCUGCUGCUCCCCAAAUCCAGUCUCUAUUCCACCGGGAAAGAGCGAUCUAAAGUGAAGCUCGAUUGGCAGGGUUAUAACAAGGAAACAAUGGGGGAAAUGGCCAGGACUGUGCAGUUAAGCGUCUGUGCUUUGGUUCUCGGGAUUGCGACAGCAUUUUAUAAUUCAAAGAGCCAUCCGCCCAACCAAGUUAUCUUGUUGGAUUCCCGAUCUGUUCAAGGCGAGCUGGGCUGGGAAGCUUUCCCAUCUGAAGCCGGAUGGGAGGAAGUGAGUAUCAUGGAUGAGAAGAAUACUCCAAUCCGAACCUACCAAGUUUGCAACGUGAUGGAACCAAAUCAGAAUAACUGGCUGCGAACUGACUGGAUCCCUCGUGAGGGAGCCCAGAGAGUUUAUAUAGAAAUUAAAUUUACCCUUAGAGACUGCAACAGUCUGCCAGGUGUCAUGGGAACAUGCAAAGAAACCUUUAAUCUGUUCUACUUUGAAUCAAAUAAUGAUAAAGAGUGGUAUAUUUCAGAAAACCGGUACGUAAAGAUUGACACCAUUGCAGCUGAUGAGAGUUUUACACAAGUGGACAUAGGUGACCGGGUAAUGAAACUGAACACAGAAGUUCGGGACGUAGGCCCUCUGACUAAGAAAGGCUUCUACUUGGCAUUUCAAGAUGUAGGUGCCUGCAUUGCCUUGGUAUCCGUCCGUGUUUUCUACAAAAAAUGCCCCCUGACAGUACACAACUUGGCACAGUUCCCUGACACCAUUACAGGUGCUGACACCUCAUCUCUUGUGGAAGUGCGUGGUUCCUGUGUGAACAACUCGGAGGAGAAAGAUGAGCCAAAAAUGUAUUGCGGUGCGGAUGGAGAAUGGUUGGUGCCAAUAGGCAACUGUCUGUGCAACACUGGCUAUGAAGAACAGUCUGGGGAAUGCCAAGCUUGUAAAAUUGGAUAUUACAAGGCCUUGUCAACAGAUCCAGGCUGCACAAAGUGUCCACCACACAGCUAUUCCACUCACGAAGCUUCUACCUCCUGCAUCUGUGAAAGGGGCUACUUCAGAGCUGAAAAUGAUCCCUUAUCCAUGCCUUGUACAAGACCACCCUCUGCUCCACUGAAUCUGAUUUCAAACAUUAAUGAGACCUCAGUCAUCCUGGAGUGGAGUCCUCCUCAGAACAACGGAGGCAGGCACGACGUUACGUACAACGUUGUCUGUAAGAAGUGCACCAGUGAUCUUAGCCGCUGCCGGCCAUGUGGGAGCGGGAUUCAUUUCAUCCCCCAACAAACAGGCUUGAAAAAUACCAAGGUUUCUAUCACUGAUCUUCAAGCUCACACCAACUACACCUUUGAAGUUUUUGCUGUAAAUGGAGUCACAAGACAGAAUCCAAAUCAUGACCAGUCUGUCUCAGUCACUGUCAAAACCAAUCAGGCAGCUCCAUCUUCUGUUGGCAUAAUUCAAGCUAAAGAGAUAACAAGACAUGGUGUUACUUUGGUCUGGCCAGAACCUGAGAGACCAAACGGUGUUAUACUGGAGUAUGAGAUCAAGUACUAUGAAAAGGAUCAAAAUGAACGCAGUUACAGGAUUGUUAAAACUCUCUCCAGAAAUACAGAAAUCAAAGGCUUGAACCCCUUAACAGCCUAUAUGUUUCAUGUUCGUGCACGAACAGCUGCAGGAUAUGGCGAGUUCAGUGCCCCAUUUCAGUUCAUAACCAACUCAGCUCCUUCAGCUAUCAUUGGUGAUGGUGCCAGCCCCACAGUUUUGCUGGUGUCCGUGGCUGGAAGUGCAGUUCUACUUGUGAUACUCAUCUCAGCCUUUGUUAUAAGUAGGAGACGCAGAAAAUACAGUAAAGCCAAGCAGGAUGCAGAUGAGGAGAAGCAUUUACAUAAUGGGCAAGGGGUGAGGACAUAUGUCGACCCUUUCACAUAUGAAGAUCCCAAUCAAGCUGUUCAUGAAUUUGCCAAAGAAAUUGAUGCUUCUUGUAUUAAGAUUGAAAGAGUGAUUGGUGUAGGUGAAUUUGGCGAAGUAUGUAGUGGACGAUUGAAAAUGCCAGGCAAGAGAGAGAUCUGUGUUGCCAUCAAGACCCUGAAAGCUGGCUAUACUGAUAAACAGAGACGAGAUUUCCUGAGUGAAGCAAGCAUCAUGGGCCAGUUUGAUCACCCGAACAUCAUCCACUUGGAGGGAGUUGUUACAAAAUGUAAACCGGUAAUGAUCAUAACUGAAUACAUGGAAAAUGGAUCUCUGGAUGCAUUCCUCAGGAAGAAUGACGGCCAGUUCACCGUUAUUCAGCUGGUGGGAAUGCUGCGCGGAAUUGGCUCAGGAAUGAAGUACCUCUCUGAUAUGAGCUAUGUGCACCGAGAUUUGGCUGCUCGGAAUAUUCUUGUGAACAGUAAUUUAGUCUGCAAAGUUUCUGAUUUUGGCAUGUCCCGAGUUCUUGAAGAUGAUCCAGAGGCAGCGUAUACCACACGGGGCGGAAAGAUCCCAAUCAGGUGGACAGCACCUGAAGCAAUUGCUUAUCGCAAGUUUACCUCAGCAAGUGAUGUUUGGAGUUAUGGGAUUGUGAUGUGGGAGGUUAUGUCCUAUGGAGAGCGGCCUUACUGGGAUAUGUCCAAUCAAGACGUGAUUAAAGCGAUAGAGGAAGGUUACCGAUUGCCACCUCCCAUGGAUUGCCCCGUCUCCCUUCAUCAGUUAAUGCUGGAUUGCUGGCAAAAAGAACGCAAUGACAGGCCCAAGUUUGUGCAGAUUGUCAACAUAUUGGACAAGCUGAUUCGAAAUCCAAGCAGCUUAAAAAGAACAGCAGUGAAUGAGAAUACAAGGCCCUCCACUGCUUUGUUAGACCCAGGCACACCUGACUUCUCUGCUUUGGAUUCUGUUGAUGACUGGCUUCAGGUUAUUAAGAUGGAUAGAUACAAAGAUAACUUCACAGCAGCAGGAUACACCUCUCUAGAGUCUGUAGUACACAUGAACCAAGAUGACCUGGUCCGCAUUGGAAUCACAACAAUGGUGCACCAGAACAAGAUCCUGAGCAGCGUCCAGGGAAUGAGGGCCCAGGUGCAACAGAUGCAGGGAAGAAUGGUUCCUGUCUGAGCCAUUUGAAAAACUCAAUGAAAUUAGUUUACCUCAUUCAUGCACUUUAACAGGAAAAGAACUGCACUUUUUACUUCAUUGUUGCCCUUUGAUAUACGGAUAUUUUGUCAGUGAUUUUGCUUGAUUUGAGGACAGAAUGCUGAACUUCAUGACCAUCGUAUGACUUAUAGAGACCUUCGUCCUGAUAAGAGGAAACUGGAUUGGAUGUACAGUAUAUUUGUUUUUAAAUUCCUGUUUCUCUUGGAUGAACAAUCACAAAGGAGCCAAUCUAUUAAUACCAUUACUCAUACCACAUUUCAGUGGUUUUUGAAUAAUCACUGGAUUGAAGAUUACUUUUCCUACAUGGCUUGCUAAUGAAGGAUUUGAAAAGCUGAUUUGAAGCUCUCCCAAGACAUUCCUGCAGAUACAAUCUUGACUUGCGGUGCAUCAUGAAUAACAAUGCCCUUUCAAUGACUGCGUCAUAUGUGGAGAUUUCUGUAAACUGCCACUAUGUUCUUCCAAAACUUUGCUGAAUUGAGCAGGCAGACCUGAGGAUUACAGUUAUGAAAUAUAGUGAUUUAAACUGUCAUGUAACUUAGAAUGAGCCUAACACAAAUAUAGUGGCAAAUUCUUCCAUCGAGAAGUGUCUAAAUAAUUUUUUGGAAUGGAGGACCAUCAAAUGUUGACCAAGGAAAUACCAAUUAACAAUGGAGUGAAUUUAUUGCAACCAACUACAAAAGAUAAUGAGAACUGAAUGAACUGCCUAAUAACCUCAUGUAAGCACUGGGAACUCGGAACUAGGAACAACAAUGAACAUGGAAAAUCCCACAGUAGCUAUUCCCACGAAGAUCAGAUCCAAAGAAGGAACUCAGCUUCAAAAACACCAGCUUCAGACAAGCCCAAAUUCAAAGCAAAAAAAAAGAAAACUCUCAAGUGUACAAAGUUCAGCAUCUGUUCUGGAAAAUCACAAGUGGAAUGUAGUGUGUAAGAUAACUAAACAUUGUGGACUUCUGCAUGUCACUGCUACGCCUAAUGUGACAACCUGUUCAAAAUACUAUUAUUAGCUAUUAAAAAUGUAUGGAAUUUGUUAUAUAGGACCAGAUCCCCAGACCUGUCACUGAGCUGUACACGUGUGUUUUAUUGAAGUAGUUUUUCAAAUUGUGCCACUGUCAUUUGGUAUACAUUUGAUCAUGUCAAAAAUUUCUUAUUCAACACCUGCUCAUUUUUCUUUCAGAACAUUUUGGUAGAAAUUUUUACAGCUUGGUGCACAUUUUUGUUAUAGUGUGUGACAAUUAUGACAUAAUUCUUUCAAAGUUAUCGUAAACUGUAACUGAUAUUUUCAUUUACAUUUCACGUUCUUCUGUCUUAAGCAGUAUUCUCUUAAAUGCUAAUUUUAAACAAAUGACAUAGAUCUAUUUUUUGUAUUCCUGCUUGGACCUGAUUGGAUAAGUACAAGACUGUGUGUGGUCUUCUGAAUAAAAGUGUACAGCAUAUUUUAAUUUAGUUCAAACUGGAAUUCUUCUAACAGUCCAAUACUUUACUUUAUACCUUUGACGAGUUAGGCAUAGAUUUUUUUUGCUGUGUUAUUUUGUAUUUUUUUUAUUUGAAUUUUAGGUACAUGUAACUUAUGUCAUUUAUUUAUGGUCUUGAGAAUCUUUUGUACCUAGUUUGUACAUUGUAAAAUAAUAGUUACAAAAACUGCACAGAAAGUGCAUACAAAAUAAAGUAGU